GAGGAGGAAAACCAGCAGAAAGAAAAGAUCAGUGCUUUAAUAUAUAUACACGGUUUUCUGUUUAAAUUAUAAACAUUGAUUUACUCCAAUUUUUUCUCUGUACCUGAUUUUUAAGUUGGAAAGUUUUUGUUUCAAAUUACUUGAUACUUACGAAUAUUCGGUUGUUUGACUGUUUUAUCUAUGUGAAAUAACAUUAGGUCCUAUCAAAAAUUCUUCCGAAGAUAUCUUCAUUUUGUGUUUUGAAUCUGAAAAUUGCUUAAAAAUGCCUUUACUUCUAAUCUCAGCUUUAUAUAAAUCAUUUAAUUUUAAAAUUUUGCAUAAUAUGAAAGGCUAUUAAUUGUUUUUAAUUUGUUGCCUAUAAGUGCUGUUUUCGGUGUGUAAUUAUUUUGCAUUACAGCUUUAGUUCCACUAACUAUAUAUUCAGUUGAACUUUAUUUGCCCAAAAAAAUUCCAUUUGCUCAAGUAAGCACUUUUUAAAUCAUGACAGAUACAUAAAACACUAAGAUAGCUUAUGGAAGGUCGAUGGUUCUACCCAGGUACCCGCCCAUGAUGAAAUAAUGCAUGAAGGUGCACCUGGGGUCUUUAUUCACCAUCUGAGCUGGAAAGUCUCCAUAUGACAUAUAAUUAUGUCUCCCACCACACAGUGGUGUGGGAGACAUAUUGAUUUACUCCAGUCUGUCUAUGUGUCUGUCUGUCACAAAGCUUGUCCACACUCUAAGCCGAACACUUCUCAUUCGAUCUUUACCAAACUUCAACAAAAUGUGUCUGUCAAUAAGUACUCUGCCAAGUUCGAUAACUAGCCAAAUCAGCCUAGGCACUUCGGAAUUAUGGCCCUUGAAUUACCAAAAACACUCAGAUUUCUUGCGCAGUUUUGCCCCCAAACCGACGCCUUUACUACUAUAUAGUAUAGGUGUCCUUUUGGUGUCAAGAAACCGCAUGCACAUGUGGAUUAGGUAAACAGUAUAUAAAGACUGACUUACUAUUUAGAUGAUUAGGCAGUUUAGGCAUGCGCUGACCAGAUAAAUAAAAUUUUCCUAUUAGUAAUUUCAUAUCUGUUAAGUGAUCAGUAGAGAUGACUAUUUCAGUUGCAUAAGAAAUAUCAAAAUUCAGCAAAUAUGGAUGUAAACAGCAAGAUAACAUAGAUACAUUGAUGGUAACCAGAUACCUGAUAAAGCCUGCCCGCUUAGCUCAGUAGGUAAGAGCGUUGGUCUACGGAUCGCGGAGUCGUGAGUUCGAUCCUCGGGCGGGGCGUAUGUUCCCUGUGACUAUUUGAUAAACGACAUUGUGUCUGAAAUCAUAAGUCAUCCGCUUCUGAUUCAUGUGAGGAAGUUGGCAGUUACUUGCGGAGAACAGGUUUGUACUGGUACAGAAUCCAGGAACACUGGUUAGGUUAACUGCCUGCCGUUACAUGUCUGAAAUACUGUUGAAAAAUGGCGUGAACCCAAAACUAAAAAAAAGAUACAUGAUAUAAACUGUAUUAAAAGCUGUACGAAAAAAAGCUCUUGUCAGACUUGAGCAAACAAACCAUAUAAUCAUAUUCACUAUUUAAAAUCACUACCUUACAUUGCGUAAUGAUUUUCAGACAAGCUUUGAAUAAGGCAAAGAAACAGAACCACAGUCUAAUGCAGCGAGUCCAGAGCAUGCAGAGUGAGUUAAGUGAAGCCGAGGUGACCAGAUCUGAGCUUGACGGACAGAUCACACAGGGACAUACUGUACUUCUACAGAGACAAGAAGCUGAACAGGAUUUGACAAUGAAGGUUGAAAAAUUACAGGCAGAGAGGUCAAGCCUCCAGGAGCGAGUUCAGGACCUCCAGCGUGCCCUCGCUACCCUCAAAACCAAAAAGCGCGAAACUAAACGAGAUCAAAUCAGGCUCGAAAAAGAUAAAUCUGCUCUGCAAAAGACUCUUGAUAAGGUUGAACGUGAAAAGUUGAGGUCAGAGGAGCUUGCCAGCAAGUCUGUUAUGGAACGUACCAGCCUGGACCGAAGUCUGUGCAAGGUUGAAGAAAACAACGCUGACCUAGCAACCAAGGUUCAAAACCUGCAGGCCCAGCCGGCUGAGGCAGAGCAGCAACAUGCACAAAGGUCGAUUGACCUUACGACACGCCACCGUGCUGAGACCGAGAGGGAAACUGAGCGUCCGCGCCAGGCACAGAUGCAGGCUGAACGUUUGCUUGAUUCCAGAGAACGUGCCAAUAGGCAGAAAGUUAAGGGCGUGGAAGAAACGAUUGCUACACUGAAAGACCAGCUUGCGACUGAGAUGCUUAAACGUCAGCAGUACAUUCAGAGAAGUGCCCGCACUGGAGAUGAGAUCAAUGACAUCCGUUCCAUGUUAGAUAACUCCCUGACAACUGUAGGCCGUGAUCCUAGUCUGGAUAGACAACUUCUGGAAAUCGAAACACGUAAACUUGACGAUUUUACUUGACAAUUAUCCAGCAAGAACACCAACACGCCGAAGAUAACCAAUGCGCACACAGGCCACACCACCAACUCGCCUUGGGGCUUGGUCUCCAUUUGGACGCACUGGUACCCCAAUGUCUAUGCGUAAAUUGAAAAAAAUAGUGCCUAACAUUCAUAUAGUUUUACAAUUAGAGGAAUUAUUGUAGAACUGCUGUAUCUUUGUGUAGGAAAGAUAGAACAGUUUCACAGCAACCCUCAACAAACCUUUUAUUGUUUCAAGUGCAACUUCGAUCACUACAGUGAUUGUUUGUAUAGAACUUUAAAUCAAAUUUCAUUCUUUUCAAGGAAGUGUGUACAUAGUCAUAGGUAAAGUCAAAUCAAAAGGGACAAUUACAGUAGAUAUGAACCUUUCAUGAUUUAUAUUAGAUAGGUAUGCAAACCAAAAAUAUUUGCAUUAUUUAAAUCUCCACAACAAUAAAAAUUCACAUAGGUUUGUUGUAUGGCUUAGUCAUAUUUCAAAUACACAUACAGGAAUAUAUUUUGUACACAUUUUAAACUCACUUGAAAGAGAUGAUUAGAAUUUGUUGUAGAAUUAGGUCUUUGUUCUAUUUUAUUCACUAUUUUUUCAUCCAGAUAAAGGGAGUAAACUGUGAGCUAGCCGCUAAUUGCUGCCUGUUUUACCAGUCUGUGAUUUCGUGUGUACUUAGUCACAAAAGCAAUUUUUGAUAAUUGGCAUAGAUGCAAUUUUACCUACAGUCGUUGUUUUAAUAUUUUACAAGCAUAUAUGUGAUAUAAUGUUUUGUUUUUGAUGUUGCAUUGAUACACAAGUAGUUAGUGUUUUUGUUUUGACCAAAGACAACUUCUAUCAAUAUGACACUUGUAGCAAUAUGUUAUAAAUUUAUAUCUUCAGAUUACAUAUCUUGUUUAUUAUAAAGUUUUUGCAGUUAUUAAAAAGACUAGAAUUACAAUAAAAAAACUUCAUUAAGAGAUUAUCAGUGUAGCAGAAGAAUACAUCAUUGGCCCAAUAUUUACAUGUUAUCUGGUCUAUGUCCAAUAACUGACUUAGACCCAAUUUUUUUCUGCUAUCUGGUUUGCAAAUCUAUCUUUAAAAAUGGCUAAAUAUAAACUGUUAUAUAAUUAAGGUAUUUAUUAUUAAUUUAUACACUCUAAAGUUUGCUUUUUUGCUUUCAUAUUUAAGCUACAAGAUGAUAUUGGAUAAAAUGUCAGUAUUAAAAUAGAUAUUUGAAAAACUGAAACUUUUUGUGUCACAUUUAUUUAAUGCACACUUGCAGCCUGUUGGAGAUACCAACUUGUAUAUGACCAAACAGUGAAUAAAUGUUUCACAAACAACAGUUUUGCAAUGUCGCACAUUAAUCGGGAUUUAAUAAUUAUAUACACUGUGAUAUGGAGUUAUUGUAUAAUCAUCAACAUUGUUUUUUUUUGCUUUAAUUAUGUAUAGUGCACAAUUAAUUUAUUACAACCACCUGUUAAUACAGAGAUACUGGCCCUGGCUAAAUCAUCUUGAGAUAACUAUUUGCACAUAUACGAUCUUCGUGACAUUGUCAGUUUGUGGCCCAGGCAAGACUGAAGAACUUAAGUUUUUGUUCCCAAGUAAACGUCUAAGGGGUCAAAGUUUUAAACAUGAGCUUGGAGACCAGUCAAACACAACAUUGCAUCUGAUUGGCUGCGCCUUAGCAUGACUUUUGAAAUUAACCAAUGGCAAAGCUGCAUUGUAAUACUGGUCUUCAAACUUAGCGAAGUCCCAGUAUUUCUGUAUAACAUUAAUAAAUUGCUGAUAAAUGCUUAAUUAGUAGAAUUUCUAAUAUUCAAAUUAGUGUUUUGAAGCUAAGAAGCUUUUAUG